UCCCCUCUCCAUUUCUCUGUUUCCUUGAUUCUCCAUGGCCGCGCUUUCAGCACCUCGGCGAGCACAAGAGCUCCGAUCUGGAGGUAAAAUGUUGCGGCCCAGGAGGACUACGCUCACCGCCAGCACACCCUAUGACCGACCAAGUUUGCUUCCUUUCAUCAACAUUCUGCAGCUUAGCUUGCUGCCCUUUGCUGCUACCGUGCUGUUGGUGCAGCUCUCUUUUUUUCUUUUUCAUUUUGCUGCAACUUGUGCAGCUCUCCCUUCUUUUCAUUUGCUGCCAUUUUAUUGCAGCUUUGACACCACAACUCCAACAAACGGCACCAUAGCCAUUGAAUGUCAACAAAGAAUCAUUCACUAUGAUAUAAAGCCUGGAAAUGUGCUGCUUGAUGAAAACUUCUUCCCUAAAGUUGCUGAAUUUGGGCUUGCAAAGCUCUGCAACGGAGAUAGUACUCAUGUUUCAAUCACUGGAUACAGGAGAACCACUAGUUACUCUGCCCUGGAGUUCUUUCUUUGGAAUCAUCCCAUAACAUACAAAUGUGAUGUGUAUAGUUUUGAAAUGGUUUUGUUUGAGAUAGUUGGGAGGAGGAAAAACAUGAUUAUUAGUUCCUCUGAAAGCCUUAAUUGGAUUCCAAAGCAUGUGUGGGAAAAGUACGAGAAGUGGGAAUUGACUGAAAUGACAAUAGAUUGUGGGAUUGAAGAGAAGGAUAGGGAAAAAGCAGAGAGAAUGUCCAUGGUUGCAUUGUGGUGCAUUCAAGACUCACCAGAGGCUAGGCCACCAACUAGUGUGGUGGUGAAGAUGCUGGAAGGAGGAGUGGACAUCAAGCCGCCUACUAAACCUUUUCAUUAUCUAUUCUCAGUAAGGAAGAAUGCAGUCAAGCCAACUGCUGGUUCUAGUUUCUCCUCAAGUGAAGAAUCCAAUUCUUAUCGGAAUCACCUGGUUAUUGUAUAUCCGUUGCAAUUGUUUGUGUUCUUACUCGGACAAGUCAGCCGCAACAUGCGGUUCAAGUUUGGGAGGAUGAUGCAUGUGCAGCAUCUCUGUGCCUUUACCAGCAAUUACUCGACCAAGUUGGGAUCUGGAGCACUUGGGAUUGUUUUUAGAGGGCAGUUUCCCAGUGGAUUCAAGAUUGUAGUGAAGUUGCUCGAGAACAGUUCUGAGAGAAGAACAACGAAUUAAUGAGGAUCUAAUGAAAGCCGUGAGAAUGUAGCAGUGCCAAUCGGACUUGUAAAGAAGUGUUUCCUCCAAAUCAUCGUUGAGUUCCUUGUUAGUUUCGUUCAAGGUAACCCUGGCAUUCUUCCUUCUUCGUCCUUCAAUAAAACCUCAGAAAUUGC